AUGGGUAUCAAACGUGAGUAUGCAAUUCGUUAAUGUCGAAAGCAUACAGGCUAAUCGAUCUAGACCUUGCCCAAGUCAUCAAGGACAACUGCCCGGACGCCAUCAAGGAAGGGGAGAUCAAGAACCAAUUCGGCCGCAAAGUCGCCAUCGAUGCGUCCAUGUCCCUGUACUCGUUCCUGGUCGCUGUGCGUAGCAAUGGCGAGCAGCUCAUGUCCGACACCGGCGAGACGACAUCCCACCUGAUGGGCAUGUUCUACCGCACCCUGCGCAUUGUCGACAACGGAAUCAAGCCACUCUACGUCUUCGAUGGUGCACCCCCCAAGCUCAAGUCUGGGGAGCUCGCGAAGCGAUUCCAGCGCAAGUCGGAAGCCCAGGAGUCACACGAGGAAGCCAAGGAGACGGGAACGGCAGAGGAGGUGGAGAAGUUCAGCAGGCGGACAGUGAGAGUUACGCGGGAGCACAACGCAGAGGCACAGAGACUACUGAAGCUCAUGGGUGUUCCAUACAUCAUUGCACCAACGGAGGCUGAAGCCCAGUGCGCCGUUCUGGCUCGCUCAGGCAAGGUCUAUGCAGCAGCUUCGGAGGAUAUGGACACUCUGACGUUCGACGCGCCAGUGCUCCUGCGGCACCUCACUUUCUCUGAGCAGCGCAAGGAGCCAAUUCAAGAGAUCUCUCUUGAGCGCGUGCUGCAGGGCUUGGAGAUGGAUCGCAAGCAGUUCAUCGACCUCUGCAUCCUCCUCGGCUGCGAUUACCUCGAUCCCGUCAAGGGCAUCGGCCCCAAGGUCGCUCUGCAAUUGAUCAAAGAGCACAAGUCGUUGGAAGAGGUCGUCGCCUCCAUCGAGAAGACGGGAAAGUACACUCUACCGGAGGAUUGGCCCUACCAAGAUGCUCGACUCCUGUUCCUCGAACCCGACGUUCGCAAGGCCGACGACCCAGAAUGCGACUUCAAGUGGGAGAGCCCCGACGUUGACGGGCUCAUCAAAUUCCUCGUCGAAGAGAAGGGAUUCUCCGAGGAUCGCGUGCGAAGCGGAGCCGCGAGACUCCAGAAGAACCUCAAAUCCAGCCAACAGUCGAGAUUAGAGGGCUUCUUCAAGCCGAAGGAGAAGACGGAAGAAGAGAAAGCCAGUCUGAAGCGCAAGAACGAGGAGAAGCUUGAGGCGGCGAAGAAGCAGAAGAAAGAUGAUGCGAAAGCAAAGAAGGCGGCCAAGUCCAAGCCGAAGAUGAACUCGUGA